AAAUCUUUUCCCGCCUGCUGCAGAAGGGGCAUGGCGGUGGAGGAAAUCUACACCCUCUUUAGGACCAAGACGGACUGGCGGCAGGGUUUAAUCUCGGGCUGAGCACCUAGCGACUGGGGGAUCCUCUGCGGGAGAAGGGCUAGGCGGGACUCCGCAGGACGAAGGAGUCGGCGCGGGAACGGUCCCCGCCCCGGCGACGCCUGCAGUCUGGCUCCGCCCUGCGCAGCCCUACGAAGCGAACCCAAGGUUGUCCUCAUCCGCCGCCCUCCUGGACCUUCUGUCCAGGGCGUCCGUCCUGACCUUUAUUACUCGGAAUAACAUACUUGGCAAAAGGAGUCCUGGUUUGAACACACGGCCCGAGUCUCCCAGAACCCACCAGGAGGAGCCUGACCAUUCUGCCUCUUGUGGCCACAAUGCUGACCGCCCGCCUCUCCAGACUCCUGUCACAGCUCCCAAGGAAAACCUUGAGUUUCUCUGAUAGAGGAAACGGAACCAGACACUCACUGCCAUUUUACUCGGCCUCCUUUGUCGCUGUUGGCCGUCGGACUUAUGCCAAUUCAGUGAACCCGGUUGGCAGCAAAGCUGUCCUGGUCACAGGCUGUGACUCUGGAUUUGGGUUCUCCUUGGCCAAGCAUCUGCACUCAGAAGGCUUCCUUGUGUUUGCUGGCUGCUUGAUGAAGGACAAAGAGGGUGAUGGGGUCAAGGAGCUGGACAACUUGAAGAGUGAUCGAUUAAGAACCGUCCAGCUCAACGUCUGCAAAAGUGAAGAGGUAGACAAAGUGCUGGAGAUCAUCCGCUCAAGCCUGAAGGACCCUGAGAAAGGCUUGUGGGGCCUGGUUAACAAUGCGGGCAUCUCAACAUUCGGGGAGGUGGAGUUCACCAGCAUGGAGACCUACAAGGAGAUAGCCGAAGUGAACCUCUGGGGCACAGUGCAAGUGACAAAAGCCUUUCUCCCCCUCAUCCGAAGGGCCAAAGGCCGUGUCGUCAACAUCAGCAGCGUAAUGGGCCGCAUGGCCAACACGGCCCGCUCCCCAUACUGCAUCACCAAGUUUGGGGUGGAGGCGUUCUCUGACUGCCUGCGCUAUGAGAUGCACCCACUGGGAGUGAAGGUCAGCGUGGUGGAACCUGGCAACUUCAUCGCUGCCACCAGCCUCUACAGCCUUGAGCACAUCCGGGCCAUUGCCAAUAAGAUGUGGGAUGAGCUGCCUGAGGUAGUGCGCAAGGACUACGGCAAGAAGUACUUUGAUGAGGCAGUUGUGAGGAUGCAGACUUACUGCAACAGCGGCUCCACAGACAUGUCCCCCGUCAUCAAAGCUGUCACCCACUCCCUGACCUCCGCCACCCCCUACACUCGCUACCACCCCAUGGACUACUACUGGUGGGUGCGAAUGCAAAUCAUGACCCACUUGCCUGGAGCGAUCUCCGACAGGAUCUACAUACACUGAGGAAUUUCCCACUGGUGUCUGUUGGGGAGCCCUGGGGGGAGGGAAGAGAAAGGAGGGAGGGAGUGAGGGGCUUGUGUCUUCGCCUCUUGAUUACCCAUGUGUGAAUUAUCCCCGUCUCUGGAGAACCCAAUACCAGUUUGAGCAUUAACCAGAGCGGGUAGCCCAGCCCAACUUGUGUGCCCAGGGAGUGGCUCGGACCAUCUCAGUCGUGGUGCAGAGUGGUGGACAGGGCCCCAAACCUCAGGGCAAACGUGGUGCAUCUUUCUGGAGUUGAUUUUAUAUAAAGAUUUUGGGGAGACAUCUUUAUAUUAGCAACAGAUUUAUUAUGAAAUAGAAUCCAAAUCCUUUACAUUUUUAAGCCAAAAUAUCAGUUCAAAAAAGUUCUUUCAUUUGAUCCUUAAAUCAGCCUCAGGAGUAAAAACAGACAGUUUAUUUUUCUUUUUGUACAUGAAGAAUUUUCAGCAUGAAGAGGAUAUGAAUUAUCCUUUUAUUGUUUAUAAAUCAAUGUUGUUCUUACUGCUUUGUAUAAAAUCUAAAGGUGCAAGCCA